AUGACGGACUUUCUAGCGGGAUGGAUGGGUGGUAUCGCCGUGCUUCUCGUUGGACACCCCUUUGACACAAUUAAGGUUUGGCAGCAGAGUAGGCAUGCAGUCGACGUAGCCCUCUCCAUUCCAGCUCCUAGAGGAAGUAGUUUUACGGCGGCCAUGGAGUUGUACCGCAGUAAUGGCGUGCGUGCAUUCUACAAGGGGUUGUGUGCGCCGAUGUGUGCGGUGGGAUUUGCAAAUAGCGCCUUAUUUGGGACGUAUGGCGUCAUUGUGAAUUUUUUUAUUCGCAAUGAGUCAUCUCAGUAUUAUUACGACGAUGAUCACCACGUCACUGUGAUGUACACGAGUCGUCAAACAAAUGGAAACCAUGCUUCUGGCAACACGUACCAAAAGCAGGAUCUUUCAGAGCACUUCCGCACAGGAGGAGGACUUUCCGCUUUUGAAAACUUUAUAGCCUCCACAGGCGGUGGCGUAGCGCAUGCAACCAUUAUGAAUCCAUUUGAACUUGUCAAGAUACGUCUGCAGACGGAGCAUUUGUUUCCCCACCGUCGGUAUCUUGGUACUGUGCACUGCGUCCGGCGACUGUACGAAAAUGGAGGAAUAAAAUAUUUUUUUAAAGGGUUUAGCGCAACUCUAAUACGUGAUAUUCCUGGGGCUGGAGUAUAUCUUUUUAGUUACUCCUCUCUCAUUCAGUUACUUGGAAGCGAGAAAAAUUACAGCAUUCCACAUAUUCUCAUUGCGGGUGGUUGUGCUGGACUGGCGCAAUGGAUUGUGAUUUUUCCUCUUGACACUAUCAAGACGAGAAUGCAGGUCGCCAAGCAAGGCGAAAUGCUGGGAUGGACGCGAUGCGCAAGGCAGCUUUACAAGAUCCAUGGGUUUACCGGCCUUUACCGAGGAAUGGCACCGGCUCUUGUGCGUGCAUUUGCAGCAAAUGGGGCGGCAUUUGCCGGUGUGGAGGCGACACUGCAGUUUUUCCGUACCACAGGAUUAGAGGACAUUGAGGUCUGUGACUCCUAA